AUGGAGUAUGUAAAGCUGAGUGGAUUUCGAUUAGAUGGUCGGCGUCCCACUGAAGUAGGCAUUGCAAAUAUUUCACUUUGAAGGAGUUUCCUAUUUAUGAUUAUUAUUUUUAUUUCAUCCUUUUGAGCCUUGAUUUUAUAAAUCUGCAGAUGAGGCAUAUCCAUGCUGAAGUUGGUGCUGUUGCCAACGCUGAUGGGUACUCCCUCUCACAUCAGUAGUAUACAUAGAUGGUUGGUUACGUUAGUCUGGAAAAGAGUCAUGAUUUUUUUGUUUUCUUGCUUGACAAAAAUGUAGGUCUGCUAGUUUUGAAAUGGGAAACACCAAGGUCAUCGCUGCUGUGUAUGGGCCUAAGGAGGUUGGAUUUGGAGCUUUUGCUUUCUCCUUGAUCUUCUAUGUUUCUCUUUUAGCUUUUAUUUAUUUUAUGUUAUUUAAUUAUUUUUAUGAUCUUACUUUUUAUUAUAUUCUAUUUAUUUUUAUUUGUAUGAUUCAAUAGGAUAAGAUAUGGAUUACGUCCAAAACAUAUUAAACUUUCUUACGGUGCCUGUAAGUAUUUCUUAAUUGUUUCGUUGCUCAUCCCACUUUCUGCAAAUUACCUAAAAGAAACAAUCAACAUGUUUUAAAAUUUUCUCAUUGUCCUUUGUGCUAUUAGAGAGUGAGGAACAUUUAUGUGGGACACGACAUGCAUGUGACUGACUUUAAGAGAAAUGUCGAUUUUAAUGAUGGUUGUCCAACCAAUCAAUAUCCUCAUUGAGUAGUCAUAGUAGGUUUAUGUUUGUAUUUAGUAUUACUUGCAGGGUGACUUGCGUUCAAAACUAGACUUAGAUUGUAGGAAGUAUGGAAUUUUUUUCUAACUAAAGUAAUUCUUUAUGCUAUAUUAAGGGUAAGCUAGAACAGGGGAUAAGGAGGUAGGGCCAGUGGGGACCUAGAAACGAGUAUAGCCAUCAAUAAAAGAUGUUUGAUAGCAAAUUUGGUGAAAGGUUCAGAAUAGGAUCCACAAUGAUUGUACUUUGACCCCAUGAAGAGAAACUUGUAGCUGCCAUUCUUGGCGCAGACAGCCAGGUAACUAUACUCUUCUUGAAGGUUUAGAGAUCCCACACAUCUUAAAGGAUGCUGGGAAUCAAAUAAGACGAAGUAACGCUCAGCUUCACACAUUGGGCCCCUGGUUUCACAUUGGAGGACCUUCACGACCCUCCUUGAGAAAGAGCUAAGAGCAACAUUUUCAUUCAAAAGACUUUUAUGCUUUUUUAGGCCUCAACUUUUAGUCUUCUAUUCAGAGGAGCAACAUGAGGCCUUUUUGAAGGAGCAGAACGCUCUUAGAUCUGGCCUAGGAAUCGCAACAGCUCCCAUAAAAAAUGGGUUUGAAUUUCGACCCUAAAUGGUUCGAAAAAUAGUCAAAACCGUUGGGAUACUGUAAGGUCUUUAAUAGGCCGUAAACACUUCUAGAAAUGGCCAAUCAGAGAUUAACUUGGACUUAAUGACCUACGAAAAUCAGCAAAAUAAAUUCCUAUUAUAUUAUUCACCAAGUCCAGCCACGACCUCCUUCAAGAAUUGGCGUUGACCGGUGCAUGGUUGACUCUCAUGUCCUCAUUAAAAAUGUUACUAAACAACAACGAACAUGGAUUUGUUUGGAAGAAAUCUUUGGGGGACUGGGGACUUCGCUAUCGUCUUCACGUGUUUCAUUGAGAGAGUCUCAACGGAAAACCAUUGGACCUAAUUAGUGACAGUUUCCUUUUCCAUGACGUUUUUGGUUGUAUGAAAGUUUAUAAUGACUAGGUGUUCAGGAAAAAUGUCAGGAAAUUGCUUCACCAAUAUGCGGAUGGUAUAACAAAUAGGAGGUUGUCAGCCCAGUUCUUUGGGUUAUGGUCUUAGACCCACAAUGGAGUUCGCAAGGCUUUAUGAUGUUGAUGAUGAUGGUGUUUGUCUAUCAAGAAGGUUAUUAAUGACUGUAUUGGGUAAUUAAAGAACAAUGAAAAUUAACUUAAUGUCUUCUUGAUAUGAGAUAGUUCCAAUGAGAAGUUUAAGAUUAGAGGAGCGAAAUUAAUUGGCCAUGCUAUACGCUGGUAUUCUUCUUUAUCGUCAUUAAUUUGUCUUUUCAGAAGUUAUUAUGGUUUGUUUUUCUUCUUCUCUGUGUUUUGCUGUUCUGGUUGUGCCACUUUUGUGAGUGCCAGAGGUUUCUUAUGUUUUUUUAUUCUCUGCUUUCAAUAUUUUAUCGUGCAAUCCAGGUUCAGAAAAUAGAUGUGCGAAGAUUCAUAGCAUUUAGAUGGCCUGUGUUUAUGCAUGAUUGCUUUCCACUUUAUGAUCUCAUCAUCACGCUUCAACUUAUGCUUCACCCUUUACUAGUGAAUACCCUGCAAAAAUUUAUCAAUGUUAUUUUUUAUAAGAAUUUACACAAAGAUACGACUCAUGUGUAAGGAUUCUAACUAGUUAAACAGUCAGUUUAACUGUUAUUUCUACUUCAAAUUGAAUAGUACAAGAGUUGCUGCAUUUUAUAUUUGUAUUUAAUUGCUAGUCUCCCAUUUCUCUUUCUAGGUGGAGAAUAAAGGUCAGCAGAUCGGCAACAAAGCAUUGGUAAACUUUUUCUCUUUAAAAUUAUGAAGCUAUGUUCUUUUUUUGCAGUUUUUUUAUUUCAUUGAAAUUAUGGCAGCACUCUAAUUUAUCUAUAUAUGCCAAUUCCUUUUGAUGUUUUUGCUUCAUUCCAUUUAACUGUUGUGUUACAGGUAAGGUGCGAGUAUAGCAUGGCCAAUUUCAGCACUGGAGACCGUGCAAGAAGACCAAAGGGUGAUAGGUGCAUUUUCCUCAGAAAUCAUUGAAAUAUUGUUCACGCUGUUCACUAUUAUGAAACAAGAUGAUCUUUAGUCAUUAAAGUUCUUAGCUUUUAAGAUACAAGAUCUUUCUACCUUCAAGCAAACUAAUUUUUGUGUAAAAGAGUAAAUAGAUUUCUUCUUUAUUCUAAUUUACUUUCCAGUGGAUGACAGUCUUCAUACUGAAUAUUUUAAAUGAACAUAUGCUACUAAAUUUUUGGGUAAUUUAUUGUUACAAUCAGAUUCAAAGAAUUAUAUAUCAUAUGAUGAGUUUCAUUUCAUUUAAAUGCUGUUUUGUAUGCUUAUUUGGUUAUUGGUGCCGCGAACUUGUUACAGCUUAAACUUGUUUUUAAGAGUUGAUAAGUCAUCUGUACUGUCUGGGGAACUAAUUUUUUAUAAUUUCAGUACUUGUCACAGUUCAGAACCUAGACGAAAAUGUCCAUAACAGAGACCUGAAGUAGGAAAUGAUAUAUUGGAAAAGAGGGUGGUGCUAAUUGGUUGGACGGGUAGUUUAAUGUGGUGCUAAAUGAGCGAACAUAGAUAAAACGAGUAGAUUACUGAUUGGAAGGAAAUUUACAUUGUUUGGGUUUAUGUACUGUCUUGUUACAAGAUAUUUCUGGAUGUGGAUCACAUGUAUAGUAUUUGAUUAAAAAGUAAUAAGCUAUAUUGAUGGGCCCUCUUACUCUUUGAUGGGUCCUUGGAGGUCAACCCUAGAAUACUAUACAUGUGAUCCACAUCUAAGAAGGCACGUGCCCUUUUUAAGAUGCUCUGCUUUUCUGAGAAUCAAUUGAUCUAAUUCGUUCUCACCCGUCUUCUGCAGUAUUAAAUGGAGACUUGGUUUCAACGCUUAGGAUUCCAAGAAUUAGUCUGUCUAUAUUGGAAAAGGAGAUACCUACAAAGUUUCCACCUCAGUGCAUAAGAAUGAUGUUCUCAUAGGAGUUAACUAGAGAGGGUGGCAACUGGUUGAGAACUAAUCAACAUGCUAACUUUCCAAAAAUACAACGUGAUGAAAUGAGAAACAACGAUACAGCAAAAAUUUCCAAAAAUUACUCAACAUACUAAACUUUCCAAAUGUAAUGUCUUCUUCACAUGCCAAAAUUUCUUCUAUAUCAAGCUUGCUCUUAAAAUGUAAAGAACACGAGAAAACAAGAGUAACAACUUACGAACUACUUUAGCAAGGUUACAGAAAUGAUUUAAGUGCAUCGGAAACUUUGUCUAUUGAUAGGCCUGAGCCUAUCAACCACAAUCGCGCUUUAGUUUGAGCAAGGGAUACAUGAAGAAAUCAGAACUUAGAGUCGUGAUAUCUUAGAUUUUUCCCUUUAUAUUAGGCUACUCUGCGCAGUGAAUCGUAUCUAAUACAAAGGACAAUUUAGUCGUUCCUUGAGAAAACUAUAGAUAGUUCCUGUCGAACCUCCUUGACUUUCUUGGAGCACUUGAGAAAGAAUCUGUGUGUUCAAGACGAGUGGAGUUUUUGAAUUAAAAAAAUGAGGAAUCAUAUUCUCCUUAUUCAACUGGUAUUUAUAGCAGACCCUCCCGGAAGGUUCUAGACACAUGAACCGUGAGACACUAAAGAGAUACACUGAGACACUAAAGGGAGGCACGUGAGAUGCAUUAAGUCGCGGUACUCCAACAGUUCCAAACAAGAAAUUUUGGGUUUUAAUUUUUUUCCUAUUUUUGGCUUCUUUUUAGGACAUUGUGGCUCUCUAAGUUUGCAUUUUUAUGCUUAUACUUAAUGUACAAAAUGAACACAAGUUAGUAUAAGAUUGUGUCUUUCACUAUCAUAAAAGACAGUUCGCGCUGUUCGACAGAAUAUUCGUUUGUUAUUGAUCAUUAUUAUAUUCAUAGUGUACGAAAAGUUCUGUAGAACCCUUCUCAAUUAUACUUUUGUCCUAUGGGCAUCACACGAGUAGUUUCCAUGGAUGAAUGUGAUCAUACGAAGGACUGGUGGCUUGGGCUCGUUACUAUGGCAACCCAUCUUGGGUCUUUCUGUCGGGGAUGACCAAAUUGUGCCUGGGAAACCGGUGAGUUGGGAAUCCAAACUGGUGAUAGUUCAAGAAAGGCAUGGUGAUCGGUAAAUCCCCUUCCAAAUCCAUAUUGUUUAAACCUGUUGAGAGACGCGGUACUUGGACUCGUCUGAUUCUAUUGUCGAGCAGGAUUGUUUGUAUCCGAUCCAAAUUGGGGAAAAUAUCAGAUCCCUACCCUAAAUAUUUUUUCAAUAGGCUGACAUGGAGCGAGUUGACGUAAAAAAAGUCUGAUUUUGGAGUGUGAUCGAUUGAUGUUUUGGUGAUUCUGACAACCUUAGACGUGAGAGAAUAAGGGAAAGGUAUGGCCGUAUUCCUUCUCCCUAGAAGAUGAUAAGGAGGUUGUUAUUUAUCUUUAUACAAAGGUCCUAAUGUGAAUCCUGUUGUACACUUUUUUAGUUUGUGAACUUAUAUAUAUUGUAGAAAAAUUGCGGGUAAACCUUACCCUUUUUUACCUGGAUCACUCUGUUCAAAUUGGAUCAGGUUGGACUUGUGGAUUGGGAUUCGAUCAGACCUGACGUGUCCAACUAUCCUAUCUGAUUCUAGAUCUAGUACAGAGAGAUGUCUGGUUGACACUGUUAGUCGUGAUCACUGACUCAGAUGAGGAAUCAUCUAGGUCAUUAAUGGUUCUUUCUCUGUGGCAUGGAUGAAAUCUUCAGUCAAAGUGAAAGAGGAAGAUAAAAUUCCGAGAAAUCUGUCUGGUUCUAUUCUGUGGUCAGCACCUCUGGCCUGGUCGGCUUCAUGCUUUUCUGCGUUCAUCAAUUUUACGAUACUGCAUCCACGUGCAAUUUUAUCAAAACUUUUCGUCCUUCUAGCUUUCAUUGUGUAUGAUUUUGGUCAGGAUAAUUUCUCUUUCCCCAGCGUUGAAAUAAAAGUCUGAUAUGGCUCUCGAAUAACCAACAAUGGAGUUAAGAAGGCCAAUGCAUAUGCAUAUAAUUGCCUCUUUUUUAGCUGAGUCUGGAACCUUAUCCAGCGGUGAUUCAUCACAAACGAUUGUUCCAUUUUACCUCUCUGUUCGCAUUUUAUUUAAUCAUUAUCCGCACAUUCUGAGAAGUCAAUGUCGUGCCAGUUUAACUUUUGUAAACCUGUGCAUGUGAUUGGGGGGAACCAUUCAAGUACAAUGACUAGUAAAGCCUCUCAAGGCAAAACUGCGGUGCUCAGUUGAUCAGGUGUGGUAGGCAUAACCAAAGUAGCAAGAUCCUUGACGAUUUUGCUUUCACAUUUUCUAACAAAGUGGGAUGUCACAUUUUGCUUCAUUUAUUGUCUGCUAAAACCCGAUGGCUAUGCCAGAUCCUAUUGAAUUCGAGGAAUUAAGGAAAUCAUCUCAUCGUUUGUUUGUUUAUAACCUCCUAUCUUUAGACUGAAAUGUAGUAACUCUUUGUGAUCAAAGAUAUUUCCUGAUCUGAUUGAUUUCUGUUUUAACAGACGUUCAACAGAAUUAUCUCUAGUCAUUCGGCAAACCAUGGAGGCCUGUAUUUUGACACAUUUGAUGCCACGAUCUCAGGUCUCCAGUGUGAUAUUCUUCUUCUAGUUUGGUAAAAAAACUGGGUACCAAUUUCUCUUAUGAUACCUCUAAUGUUUCAUACAGAUUGAUAUUUAUGUCCAAGUUCUCCAAGCUGAUGGUGGUAAACCGACUCUCUCUCUCUCUCUCUCUUUCUCUCUCUUGUGUAAUGUUCAUAAAAAUGCAGUAAAACUUUUAUCAGAUAUGUGAUGGGUUUUGACCAUUCCCAUUCGUUUAUACUACCAUUUGGGUUUCUACCGUUUACUCAACGUUGAACUCUUUUGUAAUAUUUCAUCCUUGUAGGGACGAGAUCGGCUUGCAUCAAUGCUGCAACACUGGCCCUUGCAGAUGCUGGGAUUCCAAUGUGUGAUCUUGUCACUUCAUGUGCCGCAGGAUAUCUCAACAGCACUCCCUUAUUGGGUUAAAAAUCCCUCUUUGAUCCUGCUAAAUUUAUCUCUUGCACAACCCAUAAUAAAUGCCUGAUUUUAUCAUGUCCAGACGUUCUCAGCCAUAAUAUUGUCUGCAGACUUGAACUAUCUGGAAGACAGUGCCGGUGGUCCAGACGUCACAGUAGGCUUGUUAUCAAAGCUAGACAAAGUGACCCUUCUUCAGGUCGUUGAUACGCCUCUUACAUGAAUGCUUGGCUGUAUGAUUCCAUGUGUUUCUGACUUGUUAUGUUAAUGCCAGAUGGAUGCGAAGCUACCGUUGGACAUAUUUGAAAAUGUCAUGCAACUUGCCAUAGAGGGAUGCAAGGCUAUAGCGAAUCUGAUUCGACAGGUAAUGUUUCUAUUUAUGGAUAGUAGUAGAGUGAAUCUCCUCUGCAUCACCCUCCUGGCGAGCAGAUUACAGCUUUGAAUGGUUUCAUGGGUUUUCUCGUACGAUUUUAUCAGUGGGUCAACCCCGACGCAGUCUUCAGAGCUGCCUGAUGGCUGAUCUUUCCCAAGUUUAGAAUUUUUUUUAUUUAUUUAUUUUUAUUUUUGAUUCAGGUGCUUCUCGAGAACACAAAAAAACUGGAAUAUCUACGGGGCACGUGA